AUGGAAGGCGGCCGCGCCUCCUCGGCCAAGUCGCGCAAACGCGUUACCUUCAAGCUAGUCUCGGCGUCUUCUGCCGACCCACGUGUAGCUUCCAACCCCUGGCAGCGUACGCUAGUGCUGAAGAAUGCCUCCAAUGCCGCUCUGAAGAAGGGCGACAAGUCAGCCAUCCCGAAAGAAUUUUUAUCGCUCAUUAACCCGGCAGACUUCGGCAUCCAUGAGAACCUGACGGGUCCUCAGAGGGAUGCCCUCAUCGCAGAGGUUUACGGAUCGCACGAAGAGUAUGAGAGAAUCGCAGCUAAAUUCGCGGACGCACCAGCUCCGGCCAAGCCCAAGGCUGAGGACCUGGAUGACGACUGCUACUUCCCCAAGGAUGGUUACGACUACAGCCAGCACCUGGCGACCAUCAACCCCCAGAACUUCAUACCGGCUCCCCGUGUAGAGGCCGCCGUGACUAAUCUGCAGGCGGAACUAAGUAGCGAUGUCGACUUCCCCGGGCUUAACGACACUGUGGAAGAAACGCCAGACGACCCAGAACUCGCGGAGGUUCUGAAGGCGCUCGACGAGUCCGGUACUGACGAAGAGGUGAUGGAUGAUGAUUUUGUUGCCAAAGCAAUGGACAACGAAGACCCCGAGACAUUUAUCGACGAGAACGAGUUGCUCUGGGGUGGAUACAAGCCACUGCGCAGGGUGACGUUCGAGGACCUUGGGAUCCCGAAACCAGACCUCGGCUCCGGUGCUGUCUUUGGCGACAAGCCAAUUCUAUCGGACGAUGAUUUUGUUAACGAUGAUGAAGACGGUGACGAAGUCGAAUAUGGUGAGGCGGAUGACGCGGACUUCGAUGCCCAUUACGACACCGUAGAGUCACUUGCACAACGUGCCCAGGCCGAGUUGGAUGCUAUACGCGCAAAAAACAUAAACGCAUCAAUGAUGGAUAUGAUAGGAAGCCCAUGGGGCGCGAGAAGCGACGAGAAGGAGACCAUGGACGCCAUGGAUCCGGACGGCGCACUGAGCGAGCGUAUCCUGCAGCUGGUGGAGCAGCCGGAUGACAGCGAAAGCGGCGAUACGGUGGAAUUCGAGCUCUCUUCAGACGAAUCGGAACAAUGGGAUGUCGAAACCGUGCUGACCAAGUACACCAACGCCACAAACCACCCACAGCGCAUCCUCAGCACCGUUAUUCGGCCUACGCGGCCACGUGAACGUGUAGAAGGCGCUGAAGAGCCUACAGCAAAGACCAUCCCUGACGUCGAGUACGUUGAGCUUCCGGAAGUGGUCACCACUCGGCGCCGCGAUGAGACAGCGGAGGAAAAGCGCGCUCGUAAGGCAGCCGUUAAGCAGGCCAAGGCGAUGAUCACGCGCAUGAAGAAGGAAAACAAGGAGGCGCUGAAGAACGCCAAGAAGAAGGCCGCGGAAAAGUCGGCCGUCGGCUCCUACGACAUAGUGAAUGGCGUGAAGUACCUCCGGCUAAAGUGA